AAACCAAGCAAAAUGUUUAAGUUAGUGAUAUUUGUUGUAGCUUUAGCUGUUGUGUCAUGCAAGGUCCUGAAACCGGAAGCAACCGAAAGAGACCGAAAAGCCUUCCAACUGGCCCACAAGAAGUGCCAAAUGUCUGACGAAACCAAAACUGAAGAAGAACUGGUGAGGAAACUUCUUCAGGGCGAAUUCGUCGAAGAUGAACAGCUCAAAAAGCACAUGUAUUGCAUGUCGAUCCCUAUGAAAGUAAUGCACGAGAACGGCACCAUCAACGUGGAAAGCCUCAAAGCAACUUUUAACGAAUACUACGAUGGCGAGCAGUUGCAAAGAGCUCUGGAUUGCCUUAAGGAGUACGCUACUCCAGUUGAAACGGCCUGGGAGCUGAUUAAGUGUAAACAUAGGGCUGCUGGAUUCCUAAACAAAGCUGACAGCGUUUAAAUGUUUUUAAAUUAUAGAUGGUAUAUUUUAUAAAAAAUCCCAAACAUAUCUUUCCUUGUCAAAUCAAAAUAUAUCAGUAAAAAUAUUCAAGAAAACUUUUUUU